UUGCGCUCACCUGUUGCGUGUGACGUCAGCGGCCUGUUCCAACUGCCGACUCGACUGCAGCAGCUGGAGAUCCGGAGGAGGAAACCUGCCCCUGAACGACCUGUCAAAGAUGAUCUGUGCAGCUUUUUUGCUAACACUCCUCUGUAUUGUGGAGCUUCACGUGGUGGAAACAUCUAAGGACGCCCCAGACUAUUUGGAGCCUUUUUUCUGCCAUGGUGGACUUGAAGUAAUCUAUCCAGAGCUGGACGUCGAUAAGUGCCUCAUCAUUUCAAAAGAUCGCAAACUGAGAGAGAAAAUCAGCCGCACUUGGAAAGCACCAGAGAUUCACUUCCCUGGAGCAAAGAAGGGAAAGCUGUACGUUCUGGUGAUGGUUGAUCCUGAUGCUCCAAGUCGUGCUAAACCAACAUCUGCUUACUGGAGGCACUGGUUGGUUGUGAACAUAGAGGGAAAUGACCUGAAAAAAGGAAAAAUGAGAGGGAAAAUUCUCACUGAGUAUGAUCCCCCCACCCCGCCACAGAAGUCUGGUUUCCACCGCUACCAGAUCAUGCUGUUUGAGCAGCUUCCACACACGCCAGUGUUACUGUCUGAUGAGGAGAAGUCUUCCCGCGGUAAAUGGGAUUUUCCGGCAUUCAUCACAAGGUUUAAUCUGGGGGAGCCUGUGGCCGCUCUGCAGUUUCUCACUCAAAACUUCAAAGACUGAAGGAUAAUGAGAUUCCUCAACUGGGCAGAAAAAAGACACAAGAAUGUCUGUGUGUUAUUUCAAAUAAAAGAUCUUUUCACUUGUA